AACUUGUGCGAAAAUGAAGUUGUUUACAAACAUCUUCGAAAAUAUUUCAGAUCAUUUAAACUGCCAUUUUGAAGAUGAUUGCAGUUUACGUUACCAUUCACUAGCAGACGACACAGCUUCUUUUACGUGGAGAAAAGAAUUUUCAAGGCUAACAUAUUCACUAUACAAUGGAUAUUAUAUGAAGGCGUCCUUCAACUUGUCGUCUGCUGAAGGUGACCUGGCCAUCCUCGAAUCGGACAAUUUAACGGAAUCAGACGACAUUAAAUGCCUGCGCUUUCAGUAUUUGAUAGAUGGAACAGAUAAUCCUGGAUCAAUACAAGUAAAGCUUCUUAAGAAGAAUGAGUCACGUGAUUAUUUCGUUGCUAAUGGUAAUCAAGGAGAUAAUUGGUUUGCAUUCCAUGUACCUCUCGACCAUGAAGUCGUCUACAUUCAAUUCAUUGCAACAAAAGGCAACGGUAUUGGAGACAUUUUGCUGGACAAUGUUGAGUUCACACCUGAAACAUGUAGCAGUGUACUCAACGCCGUUGAUUAUUGUUCAUUUGACAAUCCAAGCCUUUGCGGUCUUACAACGGAUAUGAUGACGUCAUGGAAGCAAGGAACGCCGAUGAAUCUUCAUAACGUCAUUAAACAUGAUGCUGAUUUUAGAAACAAUGGCUAUUUCUAUUUUAUCAAACCAAGCACAAUAUUAAGUGGUUCUAUUCCGGAUCAAUUAGUAUUCAAAGUUUCUGCUACAACAAAGUCGGCAUUGCAAUUCUCGCUCCUUUCAAUGGGCGGGAAAUCCACAUCUUUAUACGUGCAUAUUGCUGGACAAAGUCAGCAGACGGUUCCGAUCAUAGCAGACGAUAGCUGGAUGUUGACAGAUUGUUAUGAGCUUUCCGAAGAAUUCAGCGGGGAUAUUGCAAUAGGAAUUGAAAAUGGAGAUAAAGAUUUCGAGCUAUUAGCAAUUGAUAACGUGAAACUUGUUGAUACCAGUAACUGUAAAGGUCCAUCCUUAUCAUGUGAUUUUAGGACGGGAGGAAAGUGCAGUUACAAUGUACCAACAGAACAUGUGAACUUUGAAGGUGGUUUGACAUUUAUUGGACCAGGUGUAGUGCGAUCACCGACUGUAUUAGUUUCAAUGCCUUCUUGUUUCCGUUUUGUUUAUUCAGUCAUAUCAGUCGAUUCCUUUGACGAGCAAACAGAAUUAGUGUUGUACCGAAAUGGACAAAAAGUUUGGAAGAUAGAUGGACUUCUUAAACCUAUUGAGAGUUCUGUGCAGAUCACUCUCGAGGCAGGUGUCACAAAUUUGCACUUUGAGGGCAGAGGAAAAGGGUUGUACAAGUUGUUUGAAACAAAUGUUCGAGAAGGAAUAUGCCAAGAAUUAUCAGUGUUCAUUUAUAUGUUCUUCUUGACCUCAGAUUGCAAUGCAUUUGUCUGUGGUGACAAAUGUUUAUCUAACGACCGCAAGUGUGACAAAUACGUGGAUUGUUCCGACGGAGCCGACGAAAGUGAAAAUCUAUGUGGUUUCAAAUUCUCAACAAACUUUACAAAAGAGUUAAGUUUAGAAUCCACAGGCUUCAAAACAUCAGAAUCGUCGUAUUUGCUAUGGGCUCUCGAAAACAAUUUUGAUUUAACAGUUGAUGGAAAAACAAGAAUCUUCAACACACCGUUUCUGGUAGCACGAUUUCCAACCCCUCUGGCACGUCCAGCAGUUCUGGAAUCUUUCGAGUAUCAUCUUGAAAAUGACUCGUGUCUUCAAAUUAACUACCUUGGCGAUGUCGCAUAUGGAGAGAUACAUCUGAUUUAUGAAACAGAAACUGAAAAAGAAACUGAUGUUCGUUUUGACAUAAAACCUUCUACAGAUAUUCGACAUGUAUCUGUACCAGUUUCAAGUGGAGAUGUUCGAGUGAUGUUGUUUAUUUAUAUGUUUGAAAUUCAACCAAAUCUUAAAGACAUUCCGGACUCCUCGAUAUUUGCUGUACAGCAAAUUACAAUGCAUGCCGGGACAUCAUGUGAUGAAGUCCCAGUAGAGUGCCUGGCAGUUAAUGACACAUUAUGUGAAGACAGACGUUCUUGUUACAAUAUUGAGGAGAAAUGUGAUGCAAAUGAUGAUUGUUUUGACGGAUCUGAUGAAGCGAAUGAUUGUGAUAACGGAAUAGUUUGCGGUUUUGAGAAACCAACUAUUUGUGGUUAUUCUGAUAUUACUCCGAGGAGAACAUACUUGGAUUAUCGUAGGGGAGGUGGGUUUUUGCAAACCGUCUGGGAACGUAUUGAGAGUUCUAGUAUAUCCAGACCAACUAUUGACCACACGUUUCAGAAAUCUGGGAAAGGACAUUUUGUGACCUCAAAGAAUUUUGAAGGUUUGGCUGAUAUUUCUCGGUACGUGGAUGUAGAAACUAUUGAAUCACCUUUUCAAACAUUUGACGAUGAUGGCUGCAUUACAUUCUGGUAUUAUCUCAACACUACAGCACAUCAACCCAAGACUACAUCAGCCCAGAUAUUUGUGUAUUUACAAUAUGAGGAUGAAGAAGAGAAAUCUCUAGUUUGGUUUGACCAUAUCAAUCGUCCUUUUGCUUCGUGGAUGCAAGGCGGUGCCAAGGUGUACGGAAGAAAGUCUGCAAAACUGAUAGUGACGGCAAAGACGUCUAUACCUUAUGAUAGUUUUCCCGGAGUUGUUUCCCUUGAUGAUGUUAGUUAUUCCCCUGGAGAUUGUAAUGUUGAUAAAAUAGAGUGCGAUGCAAAGAUGUACCAGUGCACAAUGGACCAGAUAUGUAUCCCGGAAAGUUUUGUGUGUGACGGAGAGACAGAUUGUCAGGAUGGCACUGAUGAAAGUUUUUGUGAUCGACCAAAUGGUAGUUAUAAACUUCUUGACGGCGAUAAAUCUUACGGGAAACUUGCGUAUUUCUAUAACGGUGCAUGGAGACCUGUCUGCUACCAAAAAUCAGAUGACGUCAUAGCAGACGAACAAAACCUAAAUGAUGUCAAUACUGCAUUUCACGUCUGCAGAGAACUAGGGUUCAUUGUGUUUUGA